AUUUCUGAGAAAAUGUGUUUGCCUUCCUGGGAAACUGUGACCAACCUCUCUUCAAAAAAAAGUAGGAAGAACCUCCAGGGCAUUUGCAAGAGGCAGAUGGGGAUUCUGAGGCCCAAGGAGAUCAAGUAACUUUGCUGAGGAUCACAGAGCUGGUCAGGAAGCAACUUGAAGGCGUACAACAGUAUCAGAGGCUGUAGAAAGAAAGACAAGUCACCAUGCAACCUUGAUGUAUGAAGACAUGCUGUCAAAAUGACGCUGCUACAUUCUCAGAGGCGGAAUGUCGAACAGGCUGAAUGUGAACUCAAAGAAGUUUGGUGCUGUCACUCAGAUGGGACCGGACCUCCCCCUGGAUCUCUGUCCACCCCACCCAGGCACCGAGACCAUCGGAGCCCUUCAAGCUCCAUUCCUAGUGGUGACCAAUGACUCAGUGGUGAAGUGCUUCUUCUGCAUGAUUUUAGCUGAAGGAUGCUCUGCAUUUCCUUGAUUUCUAUGGAGACCUCAGAGCUGGGUUUGCCCCUGCUGACACCUCAUCAUCUUGCACCUUCUCUACCCAAGGUCUUUGCCUCUCUCUGUAGCUUGGCAUUGCCCCUGGGUCCAGGAAGACUGUGAGGAGCUUAAGGGGGAGCCUGGAGAAUCAUCCGAUAGGUUUGAGUGGCAAUGGCCGGACAUACUUCAAGCCUCAUGUUAACAUGGGUGAAGCAGUCACUGGAAGGCAAGUGCUGAGACUAAAGGCUUAUUUGCAUUUUAUUUAAAUUUGAUGGACUGAGCGUUGGACAGUUUCCAUGGCAGAAAAAUAUAUUCCAUUUUCUAGGCACAACUGCUAGUUGUCAGAGACGUGCUGCCUUUGAGUCUAACAGCACCAUCACCAACCACGUCCUACAUGGAUUUCCAGAUUUGAACACCCACCCCCAAACAGGUGUUUGGGAGACCCCAACAUUAUCUGACUUAGGCUUGAGAGUGCUAGACUCUUUAUCUAGACCGGCCAAGCUCUGGAGAGCAAUGCUGAAUCCCUGGGAAGACAGAGCAUGGGGCGUGCUGAUUUAAAAACAGAAAAUGCAAAGUUGGACUGAAAAUAUCCUUAGUCUUCCAAGCAAUCUGCUUAAGUGUUCCAAACUUACCUUAAUUUGGUGAGAAAAGAAGCUGCCCUAUUUUUCUUUCUUCUGCCACAACUGGAAGCAGCCAUUUCCCCAAACCACCACCAUGGAGGUUGCAAUGGUGAGUGCGGAGAGCUCAGGGUGCAACAGUCACAUGCCUUACGGUUACGCGGCCCAGGCUCGGGCCAGGGAGCGGGAGAGGCUGGCUCACUCCAGGGCGGCGGCCGCAGCGGCUGUCGCGGCUGCCACAGCUGCUGUGGAGGGCAGCGGGGGCUCUGGAGGGGGCUCCCACCACCACCACCAGUCUCGUGGGGCCUGCACCUCCCAUGACCCUCAGAGCAGCCGACGUAGUCGGAAGAGGAGGCGACAGCAGCCUGAGAAGAAGAAAGCCCACCACCGCCAGAGCAGUUUUUCUCAUUGCACGGACUUGAUGCCCAGUGGCUCCGAGGAGAAGAUCCUGAGGGAGCUGAGUGAGGAAGAGGAGGAGGAGGAGGAGCUGGAGGAGGAGGAGGAAGAGGAGGGAAGGUUCUACUACAGCGAAGAUGACCGUGGCGAUGAGUGCUCCUACACGGACCUGCUGCCUCAGGACGAGGCGGGCGGCGGUGGCUACAGUUCAGUCCGCUACAGUGACUGCUGCGAGCGCGUGGUGAUAAAUGUGUCCGGCCUGCGCUUUGAGACCCAGAUGAAAACUCUGGCCCAGUUUCCAGAGACAUUGUUGGGGGACCCUGAGAAGAGGACUCAGUACUUUGACCCUUUGCGUAACGAGUAUUUUUUUGACAGGAACAGGCCUAGCUUUGAUGCCAUCUUGUAUUAUUAUCAAUCAGGAGGCCGCCUGAAGAGGCCAGUGAACGUCCCCUGUGAUAUCUUCACGGAGGAGGUGAAGUUCUAUCAGCUGGGAGAGGAGGCUCUGCUCAAGUUUCGGGAGGACGAGGGCUUUGUGAGAGAGGAGGAAGACAGGGCCUUGCCAGAGAAUGAAUUUAAAAAGCAGAUUUGGCUUCUCUUCGAGUAUCCAGAGAGCUCCAGUCCAGCAAGGGGCAUAGCCAUUGUCUCUGUCCUGGUCAUCCUAAUCUCCAUUGUUAUUUUCUGCCUGGAGACCUUGCCUGAGUUUCGGGACGACAGGGAUUUCAUCAUGGCUCUGAGUGCGGGUGGGCAGAGUGGGUUGUUGAACGACACUUCGACACCCCACCUGGAGAACUCAGGGCACACGAUAUUCAACGACCCCUUCUUCAUCGUGGAGACGGUCUGCAUUGUUUGGUUUUCCUUUGAGUUCGUGGUUCGCUGCUUCGCUUGUCCCAGCCAAGCACUCUUCUUCAAAAACAUCAUGAACAUCAUUGACAUAGUCUCCAUUCUGCCUUACUUCAUCACGCUGGGCACUGACCUGGCCCAGCAGCAGGGGGGUGGCAGCGGCCAGCAGCAGCAGGCCAUGUCCUUCGCCAUCCUCAGGAUCAUUCGUUUGGUCCGAGUGUUCCGGAUCUUCAAGCUCUCCCGGCACUCCAAAGGCCUGCAGAUCCUGGGCCACACCCUCAGAGCCAGCAUGCGGGAACUGGGCCUUCUCAUCUUCUUCCUCUUCAUUGGGGUCAUCCUGUUUUCCAGUGCUGUGUAUUUCGCGGAGGCCGAUGAACGUACUACCCAUUUCCAAAGCAUCCCAGAUGCAUUUUGGUGGGCCGUGGUGACCAUGACAACUGUGGGCUAUGGGGACAUGAGGCCCAUCACUGUGGGGGGCAAGAUUGUGGGGUCCCUGUGUGCCAUAGCAGGUGUCUUAACCAUUGCUUUGCCAGUGCCGGUGAUUGUCUCUAACUUUAACUACUUCUACCACAGAGAGACUGAAAAUGAGGAACAGACACAGCUGACCCAAAACGCGGUCAGUUGUCCAUACCUCCCUUCUAAUUUGCUGAAGAAAUUCCGGAGCUCCACUUCUUCCUCUCUGGGAGACAAGUCAGAGUAUCUAGAGAUGGAAGAAGGAGUUAAGGAGUCUCUCUGUGCAAAGGAGAAAUGUCAGGGAAAGGGGGACGACAGUGAGACAGAUAAAAACAACUGUUCUAACGCGAAGGCUGUGGAGACCGAUGUGUGAAUCUAGCUCUCCGUCUGCCACUGCCCCCUGCCCCUACCCCAGCAUCUCCAAAUAUAUUUAUGCAUCAAGAGUGCAGUUACGAAAAUGAAAUAUGCAAAUGAAUCCAAUGCAUACAGUAGUACACCAUUUAAUGGUUAUACGUGGCAUAAUUAUUGCUAAACUUGUAUUACAUAUCGAAUAAAUGAUAUAUCUUGGAGAAGAGGGAGGUUUAAAUAGGAGCAAAUUGACCUUUAUAUUUUUUAUUAGAAUGCAAGAGUUUUGCACAUUAACUGGAAGCGAUGUUAAAAGUAGAGAUGGUUCCAUGGAGAGGCUGUGUGUGUUUGUGUGUGUGCUGUGUGUGUGUAAGUAAAUUGUCAACAUUGUUAGUAAUCGUGCAGUGAUGGGAAAGUUGGCAUUUUGAAGUAUUUACUAUGUAAGAACUAAUGAAUUUGAACAGUCAUUUACGAGUGCUUUAAUAGCAUCUCAUGUCUUUGGAUUCCAGAGUUGUUUUUUAAAAAUUGUAAGAAUUACUGUGUAGAAAAAAAGAAAGUGAAUUAUUUAAUAGAAUGUAGGUCACAAUUUUAUCUUGGAUUUGAUUAAAGUUUAUUUUUAACUGGAAAUUAACUUUUAAAAAGGCUGCAGGGGCCUUUAGAAAUUGAUUAUAUUUUGUUAUUAAUUUUGGGAGGUUGUGAGAGCAAAUGCCUAACAUUAUGCCAGAAAUGACAUCGGAGAAAAAUGUAACAAGUUUUGUUCACAGAUACUGGGACUGGAAUUUUGUUUUUUUUUACUACUUUAUAUGCUGGAGAUUGAGAGAGACUUCAUACUGUGAA